AUGGCGCAGGUACCGGGGGAAGUAGACAACAUGGAGGGCCUACCGGCCCCCAACAACAACAAUCUCGCAACCCGCUGGGAGAGUCCUGAUCGGGCCUGGGAACGUGAGCAGCCAGCAGCCUCCACUGCAGCUGCCUCCCUCUUUGAGUGCUCCCGGAUCAAGGCUUUGGCAGAUGAGCGCGAGGCCGUGCAGAAGAAGACCUUCACCAAGUGGGUGAACUCGCAUCUCGCCCGCGUCGGCUGUCACAUCGUGGACCUCUACGCCGACCUCCGCGACGGCUUUGUGCUCACACGGCUCCUGGAAGUGCUGUCUGGGGAGCAGCUGCCAAGGCCCACGCGCGGUCGCAUGAGGAUCCACUCGCUGGAAAACGUGGACAAGGCGCUGCAGUUCCUGAAGGAGCAGCGCGUGCACCUGGAAAACGUGGGCUCGCAUGACAUUGUGGACGGGAACCACCGGCUGACUUUGGGGCUAGUGUGGACCAUCAUCCUGCGCUUCCAGAUUCAAGUGAUCAAAAUCGAGACUGAGGACAACAGAGAGACCCGCUCAGCCAAGGAUGCACUGCUUUUGUGGUGUCAGAUGAAGACAGCCGGUUACCCUGAGGUAAACAUCCAGAAUUUCACCACCAGCUGGCGGGAUGGCUUGGCCUUCAAUGCGCUCAUUCACCGGCACAGGCCCGAUCUCGUGGACUUCAGCAAACUCACCAAGUCCAACGCCAACUACAACCUGCAGAGAGCCUUCCGCACGGCUGAGCAGCACCUGGGGCUGACACGUCUGCUAGACCCUGAGGAUGUGAACAUGGAGGCUCCAGAUGAGAAGUCCAUCAUCACCUAUGUGGUCUCUUUCUACCACUAUUUCUCCAAGAUGAAGGCUCUGGCUGUGGAGGGGAAGAGGAUCGGGAAGGUCCUGGACCAGGUGUUGGAGGUGGGGAAGAUCAUUGAGCGCUACGAGGAGCUGGCAGCCGAGCUGCUGGCCUGGAUCCACCGCACCGUGGGCCUCAUCAGCAACCAGAAGUUUGCCAACUCACUGAGUGGGGUGCAGCAGCAGCUUCAGGCUUUCACGGCCUAUUGCACCCUGGAGAAGCCAGUCAAGUUUCAGGAGAAGGGGAACCUGGAGGUGCUGCUCUUCAGCAUCCAGAGCAAACUGCGUGCCUGUAAUCGUCGCCUCUUUGUGCCUCGGGAGGGCUGUGGCAUCUGGGAUAUCGACAAGGCCUGGGGCCAGCUGGAAAAGGCAGAGCACGAACGGGAGGCUGCUCUGCGGGCUGAGCUGAUCCGGCAAGAGAAGCUGGAACUACUGGCCCAGAGGUUUGACCACAAGGUGGCCAUGAGGGAGAGCUGGCUGAAUGAGAACCAGCGCCUGGUCUCCCAGGACAACUUCGGGUAUGAGCUGCCGGCAGUGGAGGCCGCCAUGAAGAAGCACGAGGCCAUCGAGGCUGACAUUGCGGCCUACGAGGAGCGGGUGCAGGGCGUGGCCGAGCUGGCCCAGGCACUGGCAGCCGAAGGUUACCAUGAUGCCCGGCGUGUGGCCGCCCAGCGUGACAGCGUCCUGCGCCAGUGGGCCCUGCUGACCGGGCUGGUGGGGGCCCGGCGGACGCGGCUCGAGCAGAACCUGGCCCUGCAGAAGGUCUUCCAGGAGAUGGUGUACAUGGUGGACUGGAUGGAGGAGAUGCAGGCUCAGCUGCUGUCCCGCGAGUGCGGGCAGCACCUGGUGGAGGCCGAGGACCUGUUGCAGAAGCAUGGACUGCUGGAGGGGGACAUCGCGGCCCAGAGUGAGCGGGUGGAGGCUCUCAACGCUGCUGCCCUGCGUUUCUCUCAGCUGCAGGGCUACCAGCCCUGCGACCCGCAGGUCAUCUGCAACCGCGUGAACCACGUGCACGGCUGUCUGGCGGAGCUGCAGGAGCAGGCGGCGCAGCGGCGCGCGGAGCUGGAGGCCUCGCGGAGCCUGUGGGCGCUGCUGCAGGAGCUGGAAGAGGCCGAGAGCUGGGCCCGCGACAAGGAGCGCCUCCUCGAGGCGGCGGGCGGCGGCGGCGGCGGCGCGGCCCUGCGGCGCGGCGAGGAGCUGGCUGCGGCCGGCGGCGCCGUGGGGCCGGGCGCCGAGACGGUGCACCUGGCGGGCCUAGCGGAGCGCGCGGCGAGCGCCCGGCGGCGCUGGCAGCGGCUGGAAGAGGCGGCGGCGCGGCGCGAGCGGCGGCUGCAGGAGGCGCGGGCGCUGCACCAGUUCGGCGCGGACCUCGACGGGCUCCUGGACUGGCUUCGCGACGCCUACCGCCUCGCAGCCGCGGGCGACUUCGGCCACGACGAGGCGUCCAGCCGCCGCCUGGCCCGCCAGCACCGCGCGCUCACCGGGGAGGUGGAGGCGCAUCGCGGGCCGGUGGGCGGCCUGCGGCGUCAGCUGGCGACACUGGGGGGCGCCAGCGGCGCCGGGCCGCUGGUGGUGGCCCUGCAGGUGCGCGUGGUGGAGGCGGAGCAGUUGUUCGCCGAGGUGACCGAGGUGGCAGCGCUGCGGCGCCAGUGGCUGCGAGACGCCCUGGCGGUCUACCGCAUGUUUGGCGAAGUGCACGCGUGCGAGCUGUGGAUCGGGGAGAAGGAGCAAUGGCUGUUGGCCAUGCGCGUGCCCGAUUCGCUCGACGACGUCGAGGUCGUGCAGCACCGAUUUGAGAGUCUGGACCAGGAGAUGAACAGUCUGAUGGGCCGUGUCCUGGAUGUGAACCACACGGUCCAGGAGCUGGUGGAAGGAGGCCAUCCCAGUUCAGACGAGGUGCGCUCCUGCCAGGACCACCUCAACUGCAGGUGGAACCGCAUCGUGGAGCUGGUGGAACAGCGCAAAGAGGAGGUGAGCGCAGUGCUGCUGGUGGAGAACCACGUGCUGGAGGUGGCCGAAGUGCGCGCGCAGGUGCGCGAGAAGCGGAGGGCCGUGGAGAGCGCGCCCCGAGCGGGCGGCGCCCUGCAGUGGCGCCUGAGCGGCCUGGAGGCGGCCCUGCAAGCGCUGGAGCCCCGCCAGGCGGCCCUCCAGGAGGAGGCCACCCUGCUGGCUGUGCGCUUCCCGGCUCAGGCGGCGCGGCUGCACCAGGGUGCAGAAGAACUGGGCGCCGAGUGGGGCGCGCUGGAGAGCGCCGCCCAGGCCUGUGGCGAGGCCGUGGCCGCGGCCGGGCGCCUGCAGCGGUUCCUGCACGACCUGGACGCUUUCUUGGACUGGCUGGUGCGCGCCCAGGAGGCGGCGGGCGGCGUCGAGGGGCCCCUGCCCGGCAGCCUGGAAGAGGCGGAUGCGCUGCUGGCUCGCCACGCCGCGCUCAAGGAGGAAGUGGACCAGCGCGAGGAGGACUACGCGCGCAUCGUGGCAGCUAGCGAGGCACUGCUGGCGGCCGACGGCGCCGAGCUGGGCCCGGGCCUGGCGCUCGACGAGUGGCUGCCGCACCUCGAACUUGGCUGGCACAAGCUGCUCGGCUUGUGGGAGGCGCGCAGGGAGGCCCUGGUGCAGGCACACGUCUACCAGCUCUUUCUGCGCGACCUGCGCCAGGCUCGCGCGGUGCUCCGCAACCAGGAGAUGGCACUGUCGGGGCCGGAGCUCCCGGGCACGGUGGAGACAGUGGAGGAGGCGCUGAAAAGACACAGGGAUUUUCUCACCACGAUGGAGCUGAACCAACAAAAGAUGCAGGUGGCCGUGCAGGCUGCCGAGGGCCUGCUGAGGCAGGGCAACGCCUAUGGGGAGCAGGCCCAGGAGGCUGUGACCCGGCUGCUGGAGAAGAGCCAAGAAAACCAACUACGGGCCCAGCAAUGGAUGCAGAAGCUACACGACCAACUUGAGCUGCAGCACUUCCUCCGAGACUGCCACGAGCUGGAUGGCUGGAUCCAUGAGAAAAUGCUAAUGGCUCGGGAUGGCACGCGGGAAGACAGCCACAAGCUGCAUAAGAGAUGGCUCCGGCACCAGGCAUUCAUGGCUGAGCUGGCUCAGAAUAAGGAGUGGCUGGAGAAGAUUGAGAGGGAGGGCCAGCAACUGAUGCAGGAGAAGCCAGAGCUGACAGCCUCGGUGCGGAAAAAGCUGGGUGAGAUCCGGCAGUGCUGGGCCGAGCUGGAGAGCACCACCCAGGCCAAGGCGCGGCAGCUCUUUGAGGCCAGCAAGGCCGACCAGCUGGUGCAGAGCUUCGCCGAGCUGGACAAGAAACUACUUCACAUGGAAAGCCAGCUGCAAGACGUAGACCCUGGCGGGGACCUGGCCACCGUCAACAGCCAGCUCAAGAAGCUACAGUCGAUGGAGUCGCAGGUGGAGGAGUGGUACCGCGAGGUGGGAGAGUUGCAGGCGCAGACCGCCGCCCUGCCACUGGAGCCGGCCAGCAAGGAGCUGGUGGGCGAGCGGCAGAACGCGGUGGGCGAGCGCCUGGUGCGCCUGCUCGAGCCGUUGCAGGAGCGCCGCCGCCUGCUGCUCGCCUCUAAGGAGCUGCACCAGGUGGCGCACGACCUCGACGACGAGCUGGCAUGGGUCCAGGAGCGACUGCCACUGGCCAUGCAGACGGAGCGAGGCAGUGGUUUGCAGGCUGUCCAGCAGUACAUCAAAAAGAACCAGGGCCUGCGGCGGGAGAUCCAGGCGCACGGGCCGCGGCUGGAGGAGGUGCUGGAGCGCGCGGGCGCGCUGGCAUCGCUGCGCAGCCCGGAGGCGGAGGCCGUGCGCCACGGCCAGGAGCAGCUGCAGGGCGCUUGGGCCGGACUGCGGGAGGCGGCCGAGCGGCGGCAGCAGGUGCUGGACGCCGCCUUCCAGGUGGAGCAGUACUACUUCGACGUGGCCGAGGUGGAGGCGUGGCUGGGCGAGCAGGAGCUGCUCAUGAUGAGUGAGGACAAGGGCAAGGACGAACAGAGCACCCUGCAGCUGCUCAAGAAGCACCUGCAGCUGGAACAGGGCGUGGAGAACUACGAGGAAAGCAUCGCGCAGCUGUCGCGCCAGUGCCGGGCGCUGUUGGAGAUGGGGCACCCGGACAGCGAGCAGAUCAGCCGGCGGCAGUCUCAAGUGGACCGUCUGUACGUGGCGCUCAAAGAACUGGGGGAGGAGCGCAGGGUGGGCCUGGAGCAGCAAUACUGGCUGUACCAGCUCAGCCGCCAGGUGGACGAGCUCGAGCACUGGAUCGCCGAGAAGGAGGUGGUGGCUGGCUCGCCUGAGCUCGGCCAAGACCUCGAGCACGUCACGGUGCUGCAGGAGAAAUUCUCAGAGUUCGCCAAUGAGACGGGCACUGCAGGGCGGGAGCGGCUGGCGGCCGUGAACCAGAUGGUGGAUGAGCUGAUCGAGUGCGGCCACACGGCGGCGGCCACCAUGGCCGAGUGGAAGGACGGGCUGAACGAGGCCUGGGCUGAGCUGCUGGAGCUUAUGGGCACUCGGGCCCAGCUGCUGGCUGCCUCUCGGGAGCUGCAUAAGUUCUUCAGCGACGCCCGAGAGCUUCAGGGACAGAUCGAGGAGAAGCGGAGGCGACUGCCCCGCCUGACCGCCCCGCCUGAGCCGAGACCCAGCGCCAGUUCCAUGCAGCGGACCCUGCGCGCCUUUGAGCAUGACCUGCAGCUCCUCGUGUCCCAGGUGCGGCAGCUCCAGGAGGGGGCAGCCCAGCUGCGGACGGUGUAUGCCGGGGAGCACGCAGAGGCCAUUGCCAGCCGGGAGCAGGAGGUGCUGCAGGGCUGGAAGGAACUGCUGACCGCCUGUGAGGACGCCCGCCUGCAUGUCAGCUCCACGGCCGAUGCCCUGCGAUUCCACAGCCAGGCCCGUGACCUGCUCUCCUGGAUGGAUGGCAUCGCCAGCCAGAUCGGGGCAGCCGACAAGCCCAGGGACGUGUCGUCAGUAGAGGUGCUCAUGAACUACCACCAGGGCCUGAAGACGGAGCUGGAGGCCCGGGUGCCCGAGCUGACAGCCUGCCAGGAGCUGGGGCGCUCUCUGCUGCUCAACAAGAGUGCCAUGGCUGAUGAGAUCCAGGCACAGCUGGACAGGCUGGGAACCAGGAAGGAAGAGGUGUCAGACAAGUGGGACCGCCAUUGGGAAUGGCUGCAGCAGAUGCUGGAAGUGCACCAGUUUGCCCAGGAGGCCGUGGUGGCCGAUGCCUGGCUGACCGCCCAAGAGCCGGUCCUGCAGAGCCGGGAGCUGGGCAGCAGCGUGGAUGAGGUGGAGCAGCUUAUCCGGAGACACGAGGCAUUCCGCAAAGCGGCUGCCGCCUGGGAAGAAAGGUUCAGCUCCCUGCGGCGCCUGACCACGAUAGAAAAACUCAAGGCGGAACAGAGCAAGCAGCCCCCCACCCCCUUGCUGGGGCGCAAGUUCUUUGGAGACCCCACGGAACUGGCGGCCAAGGCAGCGCCCCUCCUGCGGCCAGGGGCCUAUGAGAGGGGCUUGGAGCCCCUGGCUCGCCGGGCCUCGGACACACUGUCGGCGGAGGUGCGGACCCGGGUGGGGUACGUGCGCCAGGAGCUCAAGCCCGAGCGCCUCCAGCCGCGCAUCGACCGGCUGCCGGAGAUCCCGGGGAGGGUGGAGCCCCCGGCCCCGCCGGCCGCACCAGAGGAUGCGGCGGAGACCCCCGGGGCCCUCGCGGCAGCGGAGCAAGUCCGGCCGCGGCCGGAGCGCCAGGAGUCAGCUGACCGCACGGAGGAGCUGCCCAGGAGGCGGCGACCGGAGCGGCAGGAAUCGGCCGAUCAAUCCGAGGAGGCUGCGCGGAGGCGGCGGGCAGAGCGGCAGGAGUCUGCGGAGCACGAGGCGGCACAUAGCCUCACCCUGGGCCGCUACGAGCAGAUGGAGCGGCGGCGCGAGCGGCGGGAGCGGCGGUUGGAGAGGCAGGAGUCCAGCGAACAGGAGACGCCGACCAGAGGAGAGCUGGCCAAGGGGAAGGCCACCCUGGCUGACAUUGUGGAGCAGCUGCAGGAGAAAGAAGCAGGCCCAGGGCUCCCUGUUGGGCCGUCGCUGCCUCAGCCUCGCGAGCUUCCCCCAGGCCGCCUGCCCAACGGGCUUGAGCCGCCCGAGCGGACACCUCGGCCGGACCGGCCGCGGGCGCGGGACCGGCCCAAGCCGCGACGGCGGCCGCGGCCCAGAGAGGGUGGUGAGGGCGGGGGAAGCCGGCGCUCGCGCUCCGCCCCGGCCCAGGGCGGCUCCGCCCCCGCGCCUCCGCCACCGCCCACUCACACAGUGCAGCACGAGGGCUUCCUGCUGCGCAAGCGCGAGCUCGACGCUAACCGCAAGUCGUCCAACCGGUCGUGGGUGAGCCUGUACUGCGUGCUCAGCAAGGGGGAGCUGGGCUUCUACAAGGACGCCAAGGGCCCGGCGUCUGGGGGCACACACGGCGGGGAGCCACUGCUCAGCCUGCACAAGGCCACCAGCGAGGUGGCUAGUGACUACAAGAAAAAGAAGCACGUCUUCAAGCUCCAGACCCAGGAUGGCAGCGAGUUUUUGCUCCAGGCUAAAGAUGAGGAGGAGAUGAACGGCUGGCUGGAGGCUGUGGCCGCUUCCGUGGGAGAACACGCGGAGAUCGCCCGCUGGGGACAGACACUACCCACCACGUCCUCUACAGACGAGGGCAACCCCAAGCGAGAGGCGGGGGAGCGCAGGGCCAGCGGGCGCCGGAAGUGACUUCCCAGCCCCUGGGCCUGACACACAUCCCCGCCCCUUCUCUCCGCACUGUGGGCACAAAGACACUUUCUCUUCCGCAGGGGCGGGAGCCCCUGGUUCCACCGCCACUGCGGACGCGCCAAGAUGGGCACUGGAAAGGAGGGGACUUCUGCACUCCAGGAAGUGGUGGGGGGAUUGCUGCCCCUAUAGCCAUAUCUCGGCCCCUUCCUGCUUGCCACCCCACCCCAGGUGCUGGGGCUCCAUUAUUUUUAUGCAAUAACUGAGUUGGGGGGGGCGGGUAAAGGGGCCAGCUGAGCCAAGCCCCCUGCCCGGAUCUCCAGAUCUUGCCCCAAGAAGCUGGGGUGGUAAGGGGCGAUAAUUCCUGCCCCCCUCUCCGCCCUAGGGAUGGGCACGGGGCCGCUGGUGAGGUCCCCUGGACCAUCCAGGGUGCUGGGGGGUGGGGAGGGGACGCCUCCUCCCCGCCUUUACCUCACUUCCAAUGCUGCCUUGAUCUCUGUCUGGGAAGGUGGAAUGAGGGGGCCUUGGCCCCUACACUCCGCCGUCUCAGAGCCAUGCGGUUAAUUCCUGAGUUUAUUUUUGCAAAACGUCGACCUCCUCCUCCCCCGCCCCGCAUCCGCGAAGGCUUUUAAUGGGAGGGGCGUCAAAGCUCAAAACUGUCUUCCUCUCUCCUCCCCCCUCCAGCUGUAAAUGCCACUUUGUGAGGGGAGGGGCAAGGGGAAGCCCUCCCCCCCUGCAUGCUUCUGGCAGGAGCACCUCCCUAGGGAGUGGGGGAACCGGGUUGUGGGCAGCCCCCAUGGCCGCCUGGAGGAGCCGCUGGGGCCCGGGGAUGUGGGGCGGUGUGGCAGGCGCACACUGUAUGUACCUAUAAUAAAUCCUUUGGCUUUG